UCGGAAUUCUUGGUCUUUCUGGGGCUUCGGCCCAAGCUUGGCAACGACGGCCCCUGCUGGGCGGUCGACGGCGGAAGUGCCAGACAGGAAGUUGCGUGUUCGUCUGCGCUAAUGCUGUGCGACGUGCUUGGCCUAUGCGGAGCCCAAAGGUGGCACUAUGGCGUCCAGCGGGGUCGCUGUGGGAGUUGCGGGCUCCGCAAAUGAAGCUCCUGAAAUUCCGGACAACAUAGGAGAUUGGCUUCGGGGCGUCUACCGCUUCGCCACUGAUAGGAAUGAUUUCCGGAGGAACUUGAUUCUCAAUUUGGGACUUUUUGCUGCGGGAGUUUGGCUGGCCAGGAACUUGAGUGACAUUGACCUAAUGGCACCCCAGGCGGGGGUCUAGCAAAAAAAACACAUGGAACCCCUAUGCUGUGCUCCAGGAGCCGUACAAAAAUGGCCUCCAAUUCUGUGAUCAGCUUCUGUGAAAACUGAAGUUUGGCUUAGAUGGGCACCUUUCUUUCCCUGUUUGUUUUUUCUUGAGUCCACUCAGAAUGCCAUUCUGGUCAGCAGUAAGGCUUCAGCUAAAGUGUUGCCCUCUGUUCUGUAAAGUUGUGUAUAUAGUUCCUAAGUUUCUGCAGGGGGUGUUCUUUGCUCUUGCUCUGAGGAAUAACCUAAUGGUAUUUUACAGAUAUUUGAAAUAAAGACUGCACACAAAGAUA